CGUCUCCAUUAGAAAAUGACGUCACCGUCACAAAAUGGAAGCAUCGAUGUUGAUUAAUUGCGUUAUGUACUAAUUUACUUAGAAGGCGGAUAAAUACAUCGAUGAUGUUUAUAUAAUUAUAAAGGAGUGUCGUAUAAAGUUUUUUCUAACGAUUCUUUACUAGAAUCGAGGGUCGAUUUUGUAGGAAAAUGCCUCAGGAUAUACAAACGAAGACUCUGGUCUCUUCCCUGCUAAUCAACUAUCGAUACGUAGAUCAAGCCAAGAGAGACAUCUGCAAUGCUCUACAGUUAUACAAAAGUCUAUAUCCGAAACGACAGCAAUUUGUGUUUAAUGAUGGUUCGAGCAAGGAAUUAGUGUGUCUUGAUGGUACGAUACCUGUUCCAUUUAAAGGUAACACAUACAACAUUCCUGUAUGUAUAUGGAUAUUAGAUGCGCAUCCAGAAACACCACCAAUGUGUUACGUCAAUCCCACACCAGAAAUGGAAAUUAAAGCUUCUAAAAGUGUAGAUAUGAAUGGGAGAAUAUAUUUACCAUAUUUACACGAUUGGAAUUCUAAGAAUUCAGAUCUUGUUGGAUUAAUUCAAGUUAUGAUAAUUGUGUUUGGUGAUACGCCUCCUGUUUAUUCAAAACCAAGAUCACAAGAUCCUCCUACUUCAAAUUUGCCCUAUCCAACACAGAUUUCAGGUGCAAUGCCAAUGCCCAACGUGGCGGGAUCCGGAUACCAUCCCUAUCCGCCGACGUCUGGGGCGUCAUCCUAUCCUUAUCCGUAUCCAACUAUGCCAAGCUAUUCCAACACUUCUCAAGGUUACCCUUAUCCAUAUCCAUCUGCCUAUCCUCCCCAGAACACAAACUCUUACCAGUCUGGCGGUUGCUAUCCUCCGUCGUCUAUUCCUUCGAGCACUCCCAGUAACACUGGAACCAUUUCCGAAGAACACAUUCAUGCGUCUCUUCUUUCCGCAGUGGAAGACAAACUAAAGAAGAAGCUGAGAGACGUCCUGUCGCAGACUCAUGCAGAAAUGGAAGUCCUGAAAAAGACUCAGGAUGAUUUGAACAAAGGAAAAGUGCAUCUUACGGAACUUGUAAAAAAACUGCAAGCAGAACAAAUGGAACUGGAACGAAACAUCUGCAUCCUGCGAGAGAAAAAUCAGGAAAUGAAAGAAGUGAACGCCAAAAUGGAAAACGAACAGGCCAUAGACAUAGAUGAAGCGGUGGUGACGACGGCACCUCUAUACAGACAGUUACUAAAUGCCUUCAGCGAGGAAAAUGCCACAGAAGAUGCCAUCUACUAUUUGGGAGAGGCGUUGAGAAAAGGGGUUAUAGACCUGGACGUCUUUUUAAAACACGUCAGAGACCUGUCGAGAAAGCAGUUCAUGCUCAGAGCCUUGAUGCAGGUGUGUCGACAGAAAGCUGGACUCCCCCAUUAGAGAAGAGUGUGACCAGUGGAGGGCGAGCGAUUCUUCCACCGUCUCGUGUAUCAUCUCGGAUUCCGAGAAGGGGGUUCGGAUCCGGCCACGAGAAGUUCCGAAGUCGGAGGGGAACUGUUAUAAGCUUUAAAAGAAUGCACCAAAUAUAAACAGAUUGUACGUAAACUGUUAUUUGUCGGUUUAGACCAAUACUCCGUCACUCGAAAUUUAUUAAAUGUUUUGAGAAAUUAAA